AGCCACGGGCAGGCUGGGGUGGAUUCUAGACACAAUUUGUGCUCUCUCCCUCUCUCUCAUCUUCAUUUUUCUAUAAAACUACAUCAAAUACAUGCACCAUCAAAGAUAGUGCCCCAGCAGGACCCCCACAAGGUUUCAGAUUUUGAUCACAGCACCUCUUUAUGAUCUUAACUUUUACCAAACUCCAUUCAAGUUAGUAUAGCCCUUUUUCAGUUUUGAUCCAUUUCUAUCAGAUUCAGACACACACAUAAUAAUUUCCCUCCUCCAUCCCAUCCCAUGUUGCAUUAACACCCAACCAUUUUGCAGCCUUGUCCCAGUGUGUGUCUGCAUACAAAUACAUAUAUAUACCUUCUUUUUCAUAAGAAGGUAGAUCAGUUAUUCAGAAUUAAAACUCGAUCAUAUCAUUUCUCUGACAUAUAUGAUGAACAGUUUUGAAGACUCUUUGAAAAGGAGAUGGCAAGAGAGAAGACAGAUUAUGGGUGCACCUUCAAAUUCUUCUUCUUCUUCUUCUUUGGCUAAUUUCUAUGGUAACAACAGCAACAACUUUAGCAACAUGGCCAAGUAUGGAAGCAAAUUCCUUGAGGAUGAUGAUCUUGUGUCCAGUACUGUUGUCCCGGCUGUGACGGUUGUUCUGGAGGGCCGUUCGAUCUGCCAACGCAUCAGCCUCCAUAACCAUGCUAGCUACCAAAGCCUUGCCAAGGCUCUCAGGAACAUGUUUGUGGAUGCUUCUGAAUCAGUAGAGAGUAAUGAUGAUCUUGAUCUAUCAAAUGCCAUUCCGGGUUAUCUUAUUGCCUAUGAAGACAUGGAGAAUGAUCUUCUUCUUGCUGGUGAUCUUAGCUGGAAGGAUUUUGUUCGUGUCGCAAAAAGGAUUCGAAUACUUCCAGCCAAGGGGAAUUCAAGAAAAGGUACAACAAGUACAGGAGGGGCAUAAGUGACUAAAUAUACCUGAAGAUGGUAAUUGAUUAUAAUUAUGGAGAUGUUUUGUGGUUGCAUGUGGAAAAAGUAGAAACUAGUUGAAUAAAUAAAUUGGAUAACAAUGCAUAUGUGUUUUAGAUGGUUGGGAAUGAGAUGUAAACGCUAGCAAAAAAACGCUGAUUUUGAGUUAAUUCCAAUUGAAAGUCCAUUAUAUAAAGCUUUUCUGUGCUUUUGUAUGAAUGAAUAAAAGGUGUAAUGUUAAUUUUCCCA